AUGUCAUCCCCUCAGCCAAUCGCCCAAAAUGACUCCAUCCAAGCAUACGUUUACGUCCUGGCCCCCUAUAAAGUCAACUUCCCAGGCCAACCCGACACAGAAUCCUUCGAAUUCUCUCCCACCGCAUUCACCUUGAUCACUACACCGGACGGAGCAGUCCUAGUCGAUGCACCAACUACACCUAGCCAAGGAGAAGAAGUAGCAAGAUGGGUCAAGUCAAUCAUCUCAGACAAGAAGCUCGCCUACAUUUACAUCACCCACGGUCACGGCGAUCACUUCUUCGCCGCGGGAGUCAUCCAGAAAUACUACCCCGAGGCCCGCCUCCUCGCAACUCCGCAAACAUAUGCCCAAAUGCAAGAGAAUCUCGACAAAAAGACCUAUGAAGGCCUAUGGGCUGCGACAACUCCAGAGUUGAGAAACAAGCCUCCUCCGGAAGUACAAGUGGACAUACUAAAGGGCGACAAUACGUUCGUCGUUGGAGGCCACCAGUUCCGCGUCUUGAGCCUUCCUGGUGGCGACAUUGGCGAAUCGACCGUGCUCAAUGUGCCCGAUCUUGAACUCGUCGUGGCGGGAGACGUCGUGUACGGGAGCUGUUAUCAAUUCUUUGGCCAGGCUCGAACCGCGGAACUGCGGAACAAUUGGCUGCAGUCUAUCGAUCAGGUUGCUCAGCUGAAGCCAACAAUUGUGGUGCCAUCUCAUAUGCAAUCGCAUGAAGGUUUUGGCGCACAUCAUAUUGAGGAAACGAUAAAGUACAUCAAAGCAUGGGAAGAUCUUGAUGCUGCAACAAACACCUGGCAGGAGCUGGAAGAAGCUGUGAGAGGGAAAUAUUCCAACAGAAUUGGGGACUUUAUCCUCCGAUUCUCGUCUCUGGUUGCAAAGGGGGCUAUGCCAGGUCCGUAA